CUUCAAAACAGUGUCCGGUGCGAUGAUAUUUAGAUCAUGUGGAAUUCGCUAAUCAAAACAGUUCCCGCCGGCUUUGCUCGUAAAAUACGCGAAUUUUCUGUAUCGAAAAUGGCAAAAAGUCGCUUCGAGUACGUGAAAAGUUUUGAACAAUCGGACACCCUGCUGAGAAACUGCUGGAUCGUGGUUCGCGUCGAUGGGAAAGGCUUCCACAAGUUUUGCGACGUGCACGGAUUCGAAAAGCCGAAUGACAACCGGGGACUGAACCUGAUGAGCCUGGCCGCGGUCAACGUGAUGCAGGAAUUCAACGAAAUCGUGAUUGCCUAUGGCCAAAGCGACGAAUACUCGUUUGUAUUCAAACGGGACAGCAUGGUGUACGAGAGGCGACGGGACAAAUUGGUUAGUUACGUGGCCAGCCUAUUCACCUCGGCGUACAUCUUCAAUUGGGGGUACAUUUUCAAAGAUACGGUACCGUUGAAAUAUCCGCCGGUUUUCGAUGCCCGGGCCGUCCUGUAUCCCACCGAUCAGAACCUGCGGGAUUACCUGAGCUGGCGACAGGCCGAUGUCCACAUCAAUAACCUGUAUAAUACGGCUUUCUGGAACCUGGUGGCGUCCGGCUUGACGAAUGCAGAGGCAGAAAACCGACUGAGAGGAACAUUGUCCAGCGAUAAGAACGAACUGUUGUUCAGUGAGUUCAACAUCAACUAUAACAACGAGCCGGCCAUGUUCCGGAAAGGUACCGUGCUACUCAAAAAGAAGACAGCCGUGGCCGACAAUAAGUCGCUAUCGCUAAUAGUGCCCCUUUUCGACGAUAUGAUUGGCGAUAAGUUUUGGCAAACACAUCCCGAACUGUUGGAUGGCAAGUUGAAGCAAAAUAAUCCACUCGACAUUGGCGGCGACAUCGAUCACGUAUUAGUGCAGUAUCAAAUCGAAAAGCAUAAUCGGAGGACUGAAGGGAUGAAGCGAAAGCAUGAAUCUAGCUAAAACAGCAGGGCUGUCCAACGUACGCAUGCGGCCCACGACUGCAUUUUGAAGAAUCCUCUUUUGGCCUUAAGGUGAAACAGUUUGGAAUCAACUUCUAAGAUUGCACUAAAACUUCAAAGGCACAAAUCUAGCGAAAAAAGCAUCCAACAACCGUGCCCUUCUUAUUUUAGCUUUGUACACUAACAGAAAGCUUAAAAU